AUACUGGAUAGAUCCCACAAUGGAGGACGGGAAGCCUGUUUGGGCUCCACACCUGACUGAUGGGUUUCAGAUGGGGAUGAUUGUGGACAUCGGCACUGACAACUUAACUAUUGAACCUUUGAAUCAGAAAGGCAAGACUUUCCAGGCUGCUAUCAAUCAAGUGUUUCCUGCGGAAGAGGACAGCAAAAAGGAUGUAGAAGAUAAUUGUUCUCUUAUGUAUUUAAAUGAAGCCACUCUCCUUCACAAUAUCAAAGUUCGGUACAGUAAAGACAGAAUUUAUACCUAUGUAGCCAACAUUCUUAUUGCAGUGAAUCCAUAUUUUGAUAUACCUAAGUUUUACUCUUCAGAUACCAUUAAAAAGUACCAGGGUAGAUCACUUGGGACAUUGCCACCACAUGUUUUUGCUAUUGCUGAUAAAGCAUUUCGUGACAUGAAGGUGCUCAAGAUGAGCCAGUCCAUCAUAGUCUCUGGAGAAUCAGGAGCUGGCAAGACAGAAAACACUAAAUUUGUCUUGAGGUAUUUGACAGAAUCCUAUGGCUCUGGCCAGGAUAUUGAUGACAGAAUUGUAGAAGCAAAUCCCCUGUUAGAAGCCUUUGGAAACGCAAAGACCGUCCGCAACAACAACAGCAGUCGUUUUGGGAAAUUUGUAGAAAUUCACUUCAACGAAAAGAACUCGGUGGUUGGUGGAUUUGUAUCGCAUUACCUGCUGGAGAAAUCUAGGAUCUGCGUGCAAGGCAAAGAAGAGAGGAAUUACCAUAUCUUUUACAGGCUUUGUGCUGGUGCUCCAGAAGACAUUAGGGAAAAGCUGUAUCUAAGCUCUCCUGACAACUUUAGGUAUUUAAAUCGUGGCUGUACCAGAUACUUUGCUAACAAAGAAACAGACAAGCAGAUUUUGCAGAAUCGCAAGAGUCCUGAGUAUCUCAAAGCAGGUUCCUUGAAGGAUCCCCUCUUGGAUGACCAUGGAGAUUUCAACAGAAUGUGCACAGCAAUGAAAAAGAUCGGACUGGAUGAUGCAGAAAAACUCGAUCUUUUUAGAGUAGUGGCUGGUGUCCUUCACCUUGGAAAUAUUGAUUUUGAGGAAGCUGGGAGCACUUCAGGGGGCUGCGCGGUGCGGCCGCGGAGCGAGGCGGCGCUGGAGUGCUGCGCGGCGCUGCUGGGCCUGGACCAGGAGGACCUGCGCGGCAGCCUCACGACGCGCGUCAUGCUCACCACGGCAGGGGGCGCCAAAGGAACGGUCAUCAAGUGA